AUGUCCCUCCGCAUCGUCCCUCACGCCGGCCACGCCCAGCAAACCGCCCUUGCACCCUCGGCCCCCUCGGCCCCCGGCGUCCACGACACCCUGCGCUCCAACCAAUCCCUCAACACACCCCACAACGCCUCGCCCGCCUUCUCAGCAGUCGCCUCCUCACACCCUCUGGAGUCUCGCCUUUCCAGCUGGCGCUCCACCCAAGAUGCACUUAAGAUGAACAUGCUGCGCCGCGAGUUUGGAGUCGCCGAGCCCAUUCGUCGCGCGAUGGAAGUCAAGAUUUGUCAGGAGGGCGAGUGGAGGCCUAGGGUCCUGGGCUUCAAGGGCGAGGGUGUGCAUGAGGAGGUGUUGAGUGGAAGGGACGCGAGCGUUGAUUGGGAGGAUGUGUUUAAUGGCAACGAGACUCAGAAUGCGCCCGACUUCCACUCGGAGAUGGAGAACAGACUCAAGAUGAACUGGUAG